UGAUCAGAUGAAUUCAAGAUCUUGGCUGAAGAGUUUAGAGUCCUAGUAAGAGUGGAUAUAAAGCCAUAGACAUCAUCUGAAAGUUUCAAACAAUACUCAGCAUAGCAUUUGAAGAUAUUGUGAGGAUAUGAGAAAUAUGGAUAAUCGAAACUCGAGUUGAUGGAGAAAUAUGACUUAGAAUUAAUGCAAUUAUAAUAACAAGCACUGAACUUUUCUUUGAAACUAAACAGCUCAAGUCAUAAAUAAAGUGCAAAUCUUGGUAAGGUCUUUAUUUCAGCUUACUACUCAAACUAUAGCGGUUGGUUGACAUUUUAAUACUCAAUCAUAUUUAAGAAAAAUUCUAAAUUUUCCAUUAACAUAUUUUCGGCGGUGAUGCUCGAUGACUGGAUUAUCAUCAGGAGCCAUUCUCCCUCUUCCUAUAAGCUUAACAUGACUAAUAAAAUUAGUUAAGAUUCUCAAGUAUUUUAAGCCCACCAAAUUCUGACUCAUAUUGCUGAUUUCUCUACUUAAAUUUCUAUAUCAAUGGUAGUGAUUCAUGUGCUGACUACAUUUAGUAUAAAUUAUCAGGCUCGAAAACUAACAGUUCACAUAUGCUUUCGAUUCUAUUAAAACUUCAAGGCUAGACUGGGCAUUAAAGACUUCAGGGGACAUGCGAUGAUCUGCUUCACUAUAUUAAAGUCUUCAUCAAGGCUUCCUUACAGAUUAGCUGCUCACAAGAAUCAAAUGAAAUCAAUAAAGAAGAAAUGAGACUUAAGAUGGUGUAAGGAAAAUGAAGCAUUCAGAGUACUCAAGGAAAGUAAGCUCACAGGUUAAUUUUUGUGUGACGCCAGUUUUAUUAUUUAUUUUAUUAGAGCGGCCACUAAUAUAGGACCAGUAAUCUUUCUUGUUGUGUAUAAGAGUUAGGAGAAUUGGGUCACGAUUAAUGGAAAAUUCAAGUUUUCUGUGUUGGAGAUUAAGUAAUA